AUGAUUUUUGAUACAAUAAUAGGUAUGACAGUAUUCAAUCUUUAAUUUAGCUAGAGCAAAUGAUGGAUUAUUGCUUUGUGAAGUACAAUCAAAUGAAAAAGUCUAAUUAAGUUUGGAAGUGAAAAGAUAAAUAAAAUUAAUAUUGAAACGUGGCAAUUUAUCGUCUGAUGUAUAGUAUUAAUAAUUGGAUUCUCAAUAAAGUAAUGUAAAAGGUACUUGAUUAAUUUAUAUUUAUAGCUGUUUACAAGACUUCUAUGGGUGUUUGUUAUGUAGUCUUUUAUGAUUCUAGUUUUAAUCUGAAAUUAGCUUGUUGCUAUCUUGAUGAAAUUGAAAAAGGGUUUUAAGAUGUAAUUCAAUUUUCUUUAAUAGGAAUUACAAAUAAGAUAUGGAACCUCUAAUGUUAAUUAUAGAUCUAAAUUAGAGACCAUUGAAAGCAACGAUUCAUAUUGUUUUUAAUAAUUUGGUAUUUGAUAUAUUUUAUAAAAAAAAGAAAGGUUUAUAAAAAAGAAGAAAUAAGAAUUCUAAGAUUAAUCAUCAUCUAAGAAUCUAGAAAGAUUAAAAAUGGAAAUGACAGAACUCAAAAAAAUAAUGAAUGAAAAUGUCAAAUUACUCUUUGAUAGAGAUGAGAAAUUAUAAGGUAAUUUUUAAUUAUUUAUAUUUAGAUAUGAAUGAGAAGGCCAAAUCUUUGAAAGAAGACUCAAAAUUAGUAAAAUUUUCAUAUAAUAUUAUUUCAGUUCAAAGAUAAAGCUGCAGAAUUAGAAUGGUCUAUUUGGUUUAAGAAAAAUUCUGUUUGGUUUAUUUUUGGAGGAUUCAUAUUGAUCUUCUUAUUUUUCAAAAUUUAUUGAUAACUAUAUAUGAGUUAUGUAUAUG